AUGGGAGCAGUCCUUGUGUGUUUUGGUGGUGAGGCAGCAUCGGAUUAUGACGAAAUGAAACAACAAACGCCCAAUGGCAAUUCACUAUUGGACCGACUACAGACAAGUUGGAGUUACCGACAAUUGGAUGAAGAAGACGAAGAUCCAGUCAACUGGGAGAGUUUUAUGCUGCAAUCAAACAAGUCCACUGCCUCUUCGGGUAGUCGCAUGUUAUCGGCUUUCUACAGUCGCUUAUUAGAAGAAAAUGAUGAUUGUGCCUAUUAUUUUGAUACCAAAGGCCAACGGAUCAAAGGAGAUUAUCUGGAUCAGAUUAAAUUACUGGAACAUUAUUUCCUGCCUAUAACACAACAAGGACGUCUUCUCUCACUUCAUCAUCCAGUCACAAAAUCACUCGAGAUGGACAACUCAAAUGACGACUGUUUCUCAAUAUCGUCUACUUUAAUGAGUGAAGUGGACUACUGGAUAUCUGCUGAUCUACCAAAACCAGUACUUGGUCGCUGCUCCAGUGUAGGCCCACCUGUUCAUGCAAGUCUCAAGAUUCAUCGAGCUGUUACGAGUCCACAUUUACAGGAGGACAUGUACUUCGCUCACUUAUACUCUCCAUGGAGUUUACAAAGUUCGAAGCUCGAGAAUCACCAGUUUCCAUCAUUAAAGUCCCUGGCAACUGCGAGCUAA